AUGUCUUCCGAUGAUGCUGAUAUCAUUAUCGUAGGUGCCGGUAUCACCGGUUGCGCUUUGGGCGCUGCUUUGGGUCGUCAAGGUCGAAAGGUCCUCGUUCUUGAACGUGACAUGUCGGAGCCUGACCGAAUUGUCGGUGAAUUGCUUCAACCAGGUGGUAUUGAAGCCCUCGAGAAAAUUGGCAUUGAGGAUUGUAUUCAGGGUAUCGACGGUCAAUUCACCUCUGGUUACCAAAUCUUCCAUAAGGGGAUCAAUGUCGCUGUUCCUUAUCCCGAAAAGCCCGACGGCUCUGACUACCGUGGGAUUGGGUUUCAUUACGGCCGAUUUGUCAUGAACUUGCGCAAGGCUCUCAUAAAUACCCCAAACGUUACGGUUGUCGAAGCCACUGUCAACGAGCUCAUGCGUGAUGAUUCCGGCGAGAUAAUUCGCGGAGUCGCCGCUACAAGAAAACCAGAUUCUUCUCUCCUCCAUUACAAAGCUCCAUUGACUCUAGUUUGUGAUGGUUGCUUUUCCAAGUUCCGUAAGAGCUUUGUUGAUCAUCCUAUUCAAAUUACAGAUCAUUUCCUUGGCCUCAUCCUCACAAACCCAGAUUUUCCCGUCCCUGGUCGUGGUCAUGUCAUCCUUAGCGAUGUCGCUCCUAUGGUCAUCUAUCCGAUUUCCCAUAAUGAAGCUCGUAUCCUUAUCAACUACCCUGGCAAAAAUCUUCCUUCUGGCGACAUCCUCAAAGAAUACGUUUUAGAUAAGUGUGUUCCACGAAUGCCCGAGUCUCUUCGCCCUUCCCUCAAGGCUGCCGUCCAUAAUGAUCGACUUCGCUCUAUGCCCAAUCAGUUCUUGCCUCCUUCCAUCAAUCGCACCAAGGGCUUAAUUCUUGUUGGUGACUCUAAUAAUAUGCGCCAUCCUUUAACCGGCGGUGGUAUGACUGUCUGCCUUCACGAUGCUCAUUUACUUUCUCGUUUCAUUGCUCCUAAUGUUGUCCCUGAUCUGUACGAUUAUGAUAAUGUAAUUUCGCAAACUAAUAAGCUUCAUUGGAAGCGUAAAGGCUACAGCUUUGUCAUCAACGUCCUUUCCAUCGCCCUUUACAAGCUUUUCUCUCCUAAAAACCGUUAUAUGAAAGCUUUAGAAGACGGUUGCAUCGAUUACUUCAUUCGCGGUGGAAGUUGCACCGAAGGUCCUGUUCGUUUGCUUGGAGGUUUGGAUCAUAGUCCUUCUCAUUUACUCCUCCAUUUUUAUGCUGUCUGCGCCUAUAGUAUUUAUCAAUAUAUCUUCACCAAUGGUCCAGCCAUGCUUAUGCCUAUCCGAGCUUUGGAGUCUGUGCUUAUUUUCGUGCAAGCUUCACUAGUUAUUAUUCCCUAUAUUCUUAGUGAAAUGUCAUCCUAA